AUGAAUCAAAAUCAGGCUGGUGGGAGUAAACUUGUCCAAGAGAUCGAGGCUUCAAAGAAGGUUAUUGACAUGCUGGAGUUGUGGUUGAACAAAACCAAGGAAGUUGAAGAGAUUACAGAUCUGUAUCUCAACAUGAAUCAAAAUCAGGCUGGUGGGAGUAAACUUGUCCAAGAGAUCGAGGCUUCAAAGAAGGUUAUUGACAUGCUGGAGUUGUGGUUGAACAAAACCAAGGAAGUUGAAGAGAUUACAGAUCUGUAUCUCAACAUGAAUCAAAAUCAGGCUGGUGGGAGUAAACUUGUCCAAGAGAUCGAGGCUUCAAAGAAGGUUAUUGACAUGCUGGAGUUGUGGUUGAACAAAACCAAGGAAGUUGAAGAGGUUUGGAAUAACAUCACAUUUGUUGAACCGUUUAGUGGAACAUGCACUAAGAAGAUUCUAAUCAAGAAUCUGAACUCUGAAAAGAUAAGAAAGAUAUAG